AGGAAAGGAGAAACCCCCAGCAGCAGCCACUGUAAUUACAUUACAUCCACACACUUCUACGGACACAGACAUCGCUUUGAGCCCAGCACGUCUGCCGGCUGCCGCGGGAUGUUAGAGGCACGUUGCUAUGGCAACUGAAAGGGGACACACAGGAAGAGGGGGUUAGGGGAACAGAGCCGGGGAGGAGGGGGGUUGGGUAUGAGAUUGAGGAAGAGAGGCGAGCUUGCAGAGUUGCCGGUGCUUUGACAGGGAGCAGCAGCAGCAGCAGGCGCCGGUACAGCAUCUGGGAAGCGGCAGCCGGGGCAAAAAGGGGCUAAGCUGUGUCCAUGGUCGGAUGAACCAGUUGUCUACCAGCCUGGAGAUGCAGACUUCCAAUCUUGGCUCUCAGUUCAUGGCAGGGGCCCAGGACAAAGUACCUGCCAGGAAAAGAGGAAGGCCCCCCACCCGCAAGCUGGAGUUUCUCUAUCCUGAUUCCCUGUCAUCCUUUAAGGUCCCAAAGAAAAGAGGCAGAAAACCUGGCUUUAAGCUGAAGCCCAGGAUGGUGAUGUCACCAUUGGCCAACUCUGCCCCCAGCAGUACACCAGAACCUGAGACUGGCUCUAUCCCCCAUGAUGCUGCUAUCAUCCCUCACUCUGCUGCACCGCAGGCCCUCACAGCAGAGACACCGAUGCCUGAUGAUUUCACGUGUGACCCCCUUGCAGACUCUAAGCGCUACGCCGUAGAUCCCAGUGACUCUGCCUUCAAGGUUAUGACAUCCCAGUACCAAACUAAGCGUCCCUAUGGUUACCGUCCUUCACCGGGUGUGCGCAGACAAGUGUCGAGCCCGGCUAGUUUUCAGGACGGAAAUAGAAACGUCUACAGCACGAUGCCAGACAGCGGAGAAGGCAAGCGUCACAUUGAUCAAGAUCCGUCCAGCUGGGGUGUAGAAGAGGUGGUUUCCUUCAUCAAAGAAGCUGACCCGCAAGCCUUGGCACCCCACGCCGACACUUUCAGGAAGCAUGAAAUAGAUGGAGACGCCUUGCUGCUGCUGAAAAGUGAGAUGAUGAUGAAGUAUCUGGGAUUGAAGCUAGGACCAGCCCUCAAACUUUGCUACCACAUUGAUAAGCUGAAGCAGAGUCGGUAGUGAUAUAUUCACGUUGAUGGCCAAACUCUCAUAAAUGAAGCCUGGAGUCUCUGUAUGCAGGCUUUUCCUAAAUCCAAAACCUCAUUUUGUAUCAGGACAAUUUCAAGCUUUUUUUAUGUUCACAUUUCUUAAAAUAUCUGAGUGAAUUUAUAUUGUAAAUAGAAGGACUGCGUACCAUGGACAGCUGUGUAACUUGACUUAUCAGUAGCAUUAAAUCGAUCAUAAUCACAUCACCAUGUUGGAACGCAAGUGUAACCUACAGGGAUGCAAAACGUUAAAGGUGCUUUAUCUCAGUAUCAGAUUUUAACAUGAAAUGUAUCUCGUUGCUGCUUUUUCAGGAUUAUUUCUGACGUGAAUUGUUACAAACAAUGUUUUUUUAAUAGGAUAAAAUUGAAAUCGUUUGACUGUAACCAACCUCUUUUCUUGGUUAGUUUUAGUAUUACCAGGAUCCUUACGUGUUUUUUUUAUUAUUCCUGCUGAUUUUUGUAUUUUUUUUUGUCUCAUAAUUACAUUUAAUGAGAUCAUUUGAACAUUUUUAGAAAAAAGUUGUAUAGUUAUGUGUGGGAUGUCAUUCCAAACAAGAAAUGUAUAGAUUGGAAAAGGUUUCAGCCUUUUACCACAAACCACUGCAGAAAAUGUUUCACUGGUAAGUUUUGUGGUCACACGAGACUCAAAAUGACAGGAAGGAAAAGAGACGCCUUGUUGCAAGUUACUUUGCAGAAGGCUUUGCAUCACUUGUGCAAAAAAAGAAAAACACUUUUUAAAACUUUCUCAAGAUGGUGCUCCCUGAAAAACACACCACCACUACAACCUCAGCCUUUGAUGAAUGUAGCCUAAUCUUUUUUUUCUUCACACUAUCUUUCAUCAGUUUCACCUCUUUCUGUUUACAUUGUUCAAAUGCAAUAUCUAUAUAUAUUUCAAUGCAAUUGUAAAUGUUUCUUUUCAAGUGUGUAAAAAAAGAAAGAUCAACUUAUAAUGUAAAAUUUGCCACGCUGUUGUGUCCUCCUAGAGUUAAAACUUGCAUAAAAGUUUUCUCCAAAAGUUCUUUAUAUACAUCAUCAUAUUUUCAGUCAUCAAAGCCAGUAGUUGAAGACAAAAAAAUGUGGGUUAACGUGUAAUUUUCCUUUCUUUGAUUUUGGGGGUUGCAGGGUUUUUGAAUUAAACAUGGAUGUUGACAUUUGAAA